AUGCCAAGUUUUUUUGAUAAGCCGUUUGAAGAACAAGUAGAAGGAAUAAUAAAGACUGAAAAUGAAGAAGGGGUAAGGUUAUUGCAAGCAUUGAUAGGUAUAAGGCAUCCAAUUGCAUUCACACAAUAUUACUCAAGUUUUAUAAUUACUAAAAUUAAUAUUAUUAAUGCGAAGCUUUAUAGCUUAUGUAAAUUGAAGAAGCUAUGCCUUAAGGAAUAUACAGAGAGUAUAGGGGAAUAUAUUAAAAGCAAGGGUGAGAUAAUAGAUGAAGUAGAGCUAAGAAAGUUCUUAAGUAAAAAAGUUAAGCCAAUUAAGGACGAAGGUGAAAGAAAAGUAAGAGAGUCAGUGUUAGAAAUCAGUAAUCAAGAAUAUGUGGAAUAUAUGUAUAGUACUAACAUAGCAGGAUUGUGUGCUAUGAAUGGUAUACAAGCUACAGGAAUUUAUAAUAGCGUUGCUAAGGAAAUAAUAGAAGAGAUAGAUCAAAAGAUUGUGAGUGCGGUUACCAGUAAAGACUUUGAAAAGAUGAAAGAAGAAAUAAAUAAACAGCUAAAGGAUGCAACAGAAAAGUAUAGGAAAUAUAGUGGAGAAAUUAGUAAAUAUCAAAACUUUAUAAAAAGUAUAAAAGAUCAUACUUUUCUAUCAAAGUGGUAUAGUGCAUUAUUGGAACAAGUGAAAAAAGAUUCAAGUAAAAGAGUAGAACAUGUUCUACAUAAUCAUGAUACUUCCAGAUUAAAUGUUGAUGUAAGUAACUGGCUGAUAGAUAAAAUUUUUGAUAAAGUUUUAGAUAAUAAAUUGGAGGAAUUAAAGAAAAAGCAUUAUUUAGGAGAAGUUAUAGUUGAGCAUAGUUUAGGCAAAAAAUACUUAAAGGAGAAAGUACUUAAAAUAUCUAAUACUAGUAUACUAAAUCCCAAAGAAUUUAUAGAUACAAUGCAAAACAUCCCGGAUGGUGAAGUACGCGGUGAAAAGGAAAAAUUAAGUCAAAUUUUAAUUAAUGAAAUAGAUACUAGUCUUAUUGCUGAAGAGAAAAGAGCAUUAAGAGAAGUGUUACCGAAGGCGAUUGAUACAUGGAAGGAAAGUAAAAGUAGAGGGAUAAAAGUCAAGGAUUUUUUAGUAGUGAUACUAGAAAUUUUAGGUCAUAGUAUUAAAAGUUCAAAAUUCAAUCAAAAAAACAGUUUUUGUCAGCUGCAGCAUAGUAGGGAAAUUUUGCUGGAAAGUUUGCAAAGCAAAAUAUCGGAAAUAUUAAGUGUAGAGAAAGAAAACUUUUUGGAGAAACUGCUUGCUGGAGUAUUGAAAAGAAGAGAGUAUCAUAGUUCAGCACUAAUAUUACUUACACAACUAAUAAAACCGCACAAUGUGAUAGAAGCAGAACAGGAAAUUUUAAAUACUAUACUGAUAAAAGCUAUAGAAGCGGAUAAACAAGAUAUAGCAUUACUUUUGAUAUGCAAUGGAGCUGAUAUUGAUGAGUCACAUAAUGUUAUUACAAAGUUGGGUUGCAAGUCAUUAGAAGCAGCAGCAGUGAAGGGAGUUGCAUGUCUAUACAAUACAAUGCCAAAAAUUAGAAUAAAAUAUACAAAAGGAGAAAUAGAAAGUUCACAAGCAAUAAGGGAAAUGGAGUUUAUAGUAGAUGACGCUAUUUCUAGUAAUAAAGAAGAAAUAGUGGAAAUUUAUGAGAUUUUCAACUUAGAAGAAUUUAAUGAAUUAUUUCCAAAAGGGUCAUUUUUAAAGGAAGGAAGUAAUAUUACUAUGGAUUAUAGAGAGAAGGUAACAAACACGAAAUUGCCAAGGAUAAAAAGUAGGAAACAAAAAAAUAAAACUGAAGAUGAAAAAGAGAAAAGCACAAAAAUUGUGGAGCAAGAUGAAAAAGGUAUGAAACAAAUAGAAAAAGGUAAGAUGGAAGUGGGAAGUUUAAAACAGACUACACAAUACUUGGAAAACAAAGAGCGUAAGAGAUUAGCCAUUGGGUGGUCUAUCAGUGCAAGUUUUGGAGGGCUUGGGGGAGGAGUAUGUGCUUUUCUCUUUCUCCCACCUCCAAUUGCUGCACUUGUUUUGGCCGGUACUUUGGCUAGUUCUGUAGUAUCUUGUUUGAUUGGUUUUAAUAUACAUAUAUUUGUAAGGGAACAAGGAGAUCUUGAGAUUAGUAGAAAUGAUCUUCAAGAUUUAAAUAAAGCGAUCGACUUUUUUACGGAUUUGUUGAAUCAUAGAGCUGCUUCAGGAGUAAGUGAUGCCUUUUUGAAAGAAAUAAAACAAGAAAAAGAAAAUAUAAAUGCAAGUAAAGAAGACUUCUUAAGUCUUACAAAUAUUUCAAAUAUUAUAAAAAGAACAGGAAAAGCAAUACCGGGAAUUAGAAGCUACAUUGCUGAAUUUAAAGAAAAAAAGUGGAAGGAUGUGCAGCUUAUUACAUUGUUGCUUGGAGAUUUUGAGACUGAGCUUGAUAGAGUUCUUGAUAAAGCAAAUGAAGCAAAGGAAAUAACAUUCGGAGAAAUGGCAAAAAACAUAAUUAAGAGUAGAGAGAAAUAUAUAAGAAGAUUAAAAGCAAAAGAUAAAUUAGAUGAACAAAAUGACACAGAAGAAAAAUUAAAAGUAAUUGAGAGAAAAACUUCAGAUGCAAUAGUAAAAUCAUUAAGCGCAGACAGACAGAAAGAGAAACGGGCAAAAGAGCAGGAAGAAAGGAAAAAAGAAAAAGCUUACGCAAGAGAGAAAGCAACAGAUUUAUUAUAUGACAAAAUAUAUGAGCUAAACAUAUCGGCAAGGGAAAUAAUGUGCAAUCAAGAUGCACGAGAACGCUUGAAAAACCAAUGUACUCUCCUAGUUUUGAAUAUGGACUAUGAAGUAAAAUUUAAGGAUAUAUGUAGUCAAUAUAAGGAGUUUAAAAAUGAGUUAAAGCAUAAACAGUUUAUUGGUGAAGAAGAAUUAAAUAGAUUAUCUGAGUUAGCUGAUAAACUUUGUAUAUUAGAUGAUGAUUUUACUGUACUUAAACACAAAAUGAGUGAAUUAAAUUUACAAUUUGAAAAUGAAAUCCUUAAUAAGCUGGAAACUAAUAUAAUAGAAGAGAUGAAGCGAGCGGGAACAGCUGCAGAACAAGAAAGAGAAGUACUGAGAGAAGAGAAAGAGAUAGUUGAAGAAAUGGUGAUGCAAUUACAAAGAUCAGAAUCAACGCAGCCAAAUUUUGCAUUGGACGAAGUAAGAUCAAUUAUAGGACCUUCCUGGAGUAAGCAAGAAUGA